GUUACUUCAGGAAGUACAUUAGGUUCCAAGGCCUGAUGGAUCAGAAUCGCUUGGUUUUGAGCAGCUGCCUGCACAAUGCUUCUGGCUGUUUCCUCCAUAAGUCCACGCUCAUCACUUUGCUGUACUCUUUGUUUACGUGCCGCACUCUCAGUGGGAUCAGCACAAUUUAUGUAUUGUAGAGUGACUUCUCGCAGUUCUUCCAUCACCUCUUCAGUCGAUGGAAUCGGUGGUAGUGGGGGAAAAUCAUCCUUCCUCUUGGGAGGGCAAUCUAGGAGUUAUCUUGUUCCUGAGUCCAGCUGUGGUUAUGUCAGUAGCCACCCGUUGUCCAAAAGGUCUCCCAUGGCGAUCCAGGCGCUGGUGGAAAGGGCAGUGAGAGCGCAGGUGGGUAAGUCUGUUACAGAAGCUACAGUGGUUUCCGAGAUUCUCAUAGUCGAAUGUGAUCAAGUUGUCAAGUUCUCCAAGUUCUAUUCCGAUGUUGCGGAUUAUCUUUUCGUGCCAAAAGUGGAGCGGGAUCCCUCUGAUGGUCUUUCGUGUAGUACCCUGCGCAACUCUGUUUCCUCAUCGAAACGGAACUGGAAACAGUUAUUUCCCAGUUCUGAGCCAGUAACCCGGCCCUGUAGGUUCCAUUUCUUGGGUAAGAAGGAUAGUACCGAGACCAUGUUUUGCUCCCUAGGGUUUGUGAGGCGUCCUAUCAACGUGAGGCCAUUUUCUCGAAUAAGUUCUGCCGGGUCGAACUCCGGGUCGCUUAUUCUGAUUCGGCGUAGCUCCGGUUGUGUGGUUGCCAUUCCUUUGCCUUUCUCCGCUGUCGUGAAGCGUCUUGCCAUUUGUUGUUGCCGUUCAGUAUAGAUAGUGACUAAUAAGGAGUUUGGUACGGAUUGAUUGAGUAGACAGUAGGAGAGUAGUCCGCCGCCGUGGAGUAGUGUGCACAGAGAACCAGCCGUCGGAGGAGUUCUAGUCGACCCCGAGGUUUCCUGCGUAUCUUAAGUGGGAGGUAUCACGGUCUUGUCCUUCCAGAACUUUUCCAUUAUGUUCGGAGAAGGCGGAGGGGUGUCGACUGUUGGUUCUUUUGGUCGGAGUAGACUCGUCAGCCGGUGAGUCGGAAAUUUAUUGCCCGUUGGAUAAAGCGAGGUUUUUGUCUUGGACCGGUGGGGUUUUCCUAAACUGGGUAGCUUUUUGAAAAGAGGUGGGAAAAGGACGAUGACCAGUAGCUCAGAUUGGAAAGUCAACUUCCAAGCCACCAAACAAACCCACGGUUAAAGACUCUUCUUGAUUAUCGUGUCUGAGAGAGAAAAAUGACUUGGCUUUUUAAGUAUAUUAGUCACGUUAAUCUUUCUAUCUUAUCUUCUUUUUUUUUACUAAUGAAAGGGUAUUCAAAUAACUUGGUUGAGAAGGAUUGUGAGCUUGACACAUGUGCAAAAUGGCAGUGUUGUAAUUAAAAUACAAAACAAAGGUUAUUUUCUUAAAAUGCUUCUC